GUGAAUAAGGCGUUAGAGAGGGUGGCGCGGGGAAGCGGGCCGGGAGGUAACUGCCAACUUGAAGCAAGUAGGUAAUACUUAGCCGGCUAUUAUCUAAAAUUGCAUGCCAUCUAUCGCAGCGUCUGUUGAGGCCUUAACGAAUGUGAGAAAUUACUCUUUCUGACGCCAAAAGUUCAAAAUGUGACUAGGUACGCGAAAGUGACGUCUGUCUAGCGGUUACAUUUUUGCCACGUCGAGUGCGAUCACCGUCUUUCGCACACUGGUUACUCGAUUACUGACCUAAAUAGCUGAAUACGCCGAAUACCGAAUAGUUGCCGAAUAUUCGUGGCAUCUCUAUACAACUACUUUUAUUACAUUUAAUAUACAUAAUCACAAAAACUAUUAAAUAAAUUAAGCAUUAAAAAUAAAGUACUCAUAUUUUUUGUCGACGGUAAUAGGUAUUGUACCUAGAGGUCAUUACGAAACUAUCCAAAUAAUUUACCGAGGAACAUAACUUUAAAACUACCCUCAAUAACAAACAUUGAACCAACGUUCUUUAUUUGAAACUUGCAUUACAACUAAUAUGCAACAUUCACACUCUAAUGUGCACUCUAUGACGUUCACUGCAAAGAUGAAAUUUCUUCCAUAACCCGCUGCAGUUACAACUUUUCAAACCGUGAAUAUAGAUUCUACUGGAUAUGACAUGGGGGGAGAGGGGAAAUGUUCGAACGGGAUGGUCUUAUGGAACUUUCUGUAGCAAUAGCAGAGAAAGCGCUAUUAUUUUUUGUCUGUACCUCUAUAUAGCAAGUUUAGCCGCCAUUUUGGUUCUUAUUUCCAUUACUUACCUACCAAAUCUUGGUUAAAAUUCGGUACAAGUGCGAUGUUCGAUUAUUCAGUUAUAUUGUAACGGAUUUCUAGAUCAAAUUUUACUAAAAUUUGUAAUUGUUGUGUAUUGUGAAAGACUAGAUCGAAUUUGUUAUAUUAAUUUCAUGAAAAGUGCUGAUGAACUCGUGCCAAAAUGAAACUAAUAUCUGAGACUUACACAGACAUCCCGGUGGGGCGGAGCCCUACUGCCACCCACUGCCAUUGGAACUCGCACUCGGAGCCCCGGAGCGCCGUGAGGCAACUACUACUAGCGCUUGUACUAUGUGGCCUGUUCAUGAUAGCAGAAGUGAUCGGCGGCUACCUAGCGGGCAGCCUCUCCGUAAUGAGUGAUGCGGCCCACAUGCUGUCUGACUGCGGGGGCUUCGCCCUCGCGUUACUCGCCUUCCACUGCGCCAAACGGCAACCUGACUUAACCAUGUCCUAUGGCUAUAAGCGCGCCGAGGUCCUCGGCGCCAUGGUGUCUGUCCUCCUAAUCUGGAUCCUAACCGGCAUUUUCGUGUACGUGGCCGCCAUCCGGAUACACUCACGUGACUUCGACAUCGAGCCGGACGCCAUGAUGGUCGUAUCCGGUUGCGGUGUCAUCUUCAAUAUCAUUCUUGCUGUUGUACUCCAUGGAUGUUCUGGAAUCGCGCACCACCACACACACGGCGGCGCGGCCUGCACACACGGGCACACGCACGCACACACGCCACGCUCCCGCUUCGGCGUGUUUCGUCGCAACAAGCAAAACGGCGCCGUCGUCAACGGAGACUACGCCGUGAACGGCGACUACUCUAUGAAGGAGUUGGGAGAGACGCGGGUCGAAGGCGGUGGCGACAGGAAUAUAAAUCUGCGAGCGGCCUUCAUCCACGUGCUUGGGGACUUGAUCCAGAGCUGCGGAGUCCUCUUAGCAUCAGUGCUCAUUAAAUUUUACCCUGAAGCGAAGAUAGUGGACCCAAUCUGCACGUUCGUGUUCUCCGUGCUCGUGCUGCUGACGUCGGCGCGCGUCGUGCGCGACGCACUAGCAAUGCUCAUGCAGGCCGUGCCUAGGGACUUCCGCUACCGCGAGCUCGUGCAGGCCCUGUCGGGCAUCAGCGGCGUGCGGCACGUGCACUCCGUGCACGCCUGGGCGCUCUCCACGCACCAUGUCGUCGUGUCGGCACAUGUCGCCAUAGACGAGCUGACAGACUCCGAAGCUGUGCUGCACGCGUGUCAACAGCUGGCGCAGGAGUACAACGCUAGGGCUGGGACGUUCCAGGUGGAGCGUUAUUCGAGCGCGAUGCCAACGUGCGGCGACUGCAGGCAGCCCGGACACGUGCCAUGACAUCUAACUACGCUCACCCAUUAGCCGAGCCAGGAAUCAACGGAUAGCUCAAAUACUGAAACACCUGAAGUAUAAAAACGGCAACUGUAACAUAGGAUAAGUAUUAUAAUUUAAUUAAAUUUUGCCAAUAGAAUGGACAAUUAGCAAAUUCGCAAAAUGGCGCUGGCGUCGCAUGAUAUUUAUAUUUUAUUGACUUGAAAAUAAUAUAAAAACACGACGAAAAUGUUAUAAUGAUUACGUAACUAUAAGUAUUGUUAUGAUUUAAGUUAUUUUUGUAUGUAAAAAUGUUUUAUAGGACGUAUAAAUUAGUUAACCAAUUUCCUGGUAGAUGGCGCUCUAAUGCAAGAUAGAUCGCGCUGUUAAGGUUUCUCCGGAGUUGAUGGGGUCGCCGCCAUACUAAUUUUUCGUUACUCUGGUUUCCCUUCAAAACGAAUAAAUCUUUCGCCUUUUACUAAAGAUUUCCGUGGAGGGGAACACUCAAAUGAGUCUUACUCAAUUUUUGAUGCCUUGCUUUCAGCAGGGCUUAUAAAUUAGUCAAAUCAUAGGAUAUAGAAUAUGCUGCGCGAACCUUGCCUCGCGCGCGUGAAAAUCGCGAAGUUACAGUAUUAUUGAGGCUGAGGAGUGGGACGGGACUCGUUUCAUUUCUUCGUAUUUCGUGUCUAAUCUUGAAAUAGUGAAUGAAAGCAGACAUGCUCUCACACACGUUUUUAUUUUAUCCAUUGAAUGUAGGCCUAUUAAAUUAUCAUCACAAUAAUUUUAGCAUAAUAAUUUGAUCUCAAAUUAGUAAUUAAUCAUGUUCUAGCGGAGGCGGUGGCUCUAAUCCUAAUUUCCUAUUAUAAGUCUAGUGCCAAUGCUUCAUUUAGAAUGCAUUUUUGAUAAUCACUGUCAUUAUAUAGUUCGUGUCAUCCACGAUGACGCACAGAUUUGUCAAAUCUAACCUUUAAUAACAUAACAAUAAGUCAAGGCACGCGUCUUCGUGAAUGACACGAUCUAUAGACCUUUAUCCAAAGUGCCAAAAGUGAGUUUCCAUUUCAUUUAACCUCGGAACAUCUGGGAAGUACUCCCAAUUGAAAUUGACAAGGAAAUAAUUUUCAGCAUAAAUUAUUUGACAUUUUCAAGCAAGGUAUAGUCCCCAUGAGAUAUAAUCGGGGCGGACAAGUUACUCAAAAAUAUCUGAACACGUACUCUAACGCCUUGAGUAUAGGCGUGUUCAGAUAUUUGUGAGCUCCUUGGCCGCUCCCAUAUAUCUGAUGGUGACUCUAUAUUAUUGACCAUCUCGAUUUAAAUUUGGGUGGAUUAACUAUAUCUUGUUAUACUGUCCCCUACACCUUACAUUAGUAAAACAGUUUGUUACAAGGAAUGUUGUGUAACGAUGUGGAAAGACUUUAUACUACUACAAAAAAUUUUGUUUAAUUUCGAUACAAAAAUGCCGGGAUUUUAAGUGUGACUCAUAAUAACUUUACCAUGGCAACGAGUGUCGAAAAAAAGUUGAUUCACCCAUUUAUGGUUUUACACUUUAAUGACGAAACAAUCACAAUUUACUUGAAAACGUUGAAACUUUUCGGCAGGUGUAUUAGUUAAAGGAUUAUUUAACAAAAUAUUGUCGUUUUCGUGGUUUAAAUACCAGUUGUUGUUAGUAUUAAAUUGUAUAUAUUGUUCGGCAAAAAAUAUAAACGUAAUAUAUAUUAAACUAAGGGAUGUACAUUCGUUGACUUAAAAACGUUUUCAAACUUAAAAUAAUCUAUGAAAUAAGUAUAUAGACAAACCCCCUUAUUCAUAAAUCUUUACGGGCCUGAUUUAGUUCAAUUAUGUUUUCUCCCUUUCCGACAAAUGCAUAACUCAAAAUGACAGAUAAAGACAAACGAUUCAUAGCUAAUUCAGACCAGUAACGCGUUUAUGAAUAACGCCAAAAGACUACAAGUAUUUUAUAUUUAAGAUUUUUUUUAAUAUAUGUUUAGUAUUUCCAUCACAGUCAAUGGCAAUAUUAGGCCAAUCUUUCCGAAAGUCGUGGAAGAGAGGAAGGCCUUUUGCCCAGUAGUGAAACACAAUAAAUAAUAAUUAUCAAAGAACGUCCUGUCGUCUACCCAGAUCGGAUAUCACAAGCCAAAAAAAGGCAUAUACAUUUGUCAAGGUUUUGAGAAAAAAACACCCCUCUAUCUACCCAGGCCGGAGAUCUCCGUCCAGUAUUUUGUGCUCCAUUUUUGUUACGUACGGAUAUCUCCGGCCAUUUCAACCCCAGUCGAAAAGCAGUUUUGUUAAAAUCAAAAUAAAGCUGCUCUUCGACUGCGGAUUUGCUCGGGUGCAAAGAAAAAACGUAACAAAUCUGGGUUGGCCCGCGCGGGUGGGGAGCGGGAGACAAGGGCAAUAAACUAUCGGCCGGUAAUCUCCGUUUUUUUGACAGCUUGGUAGACGACAGGUUUUAAUAUUACUUGACCUUCCAUUUGCCAACAAGAUUGUUCAAAAGUUCGGACCUUACUUUGUCAUCGCAGCAGCCGCUAUCAGAUAUAUCGUAGCGGCCAAGGUGCUCAAAAAUGUCUGAACAUGAACCUUAACGUGUUUAUAUACUUGAGGCUUUGUCUUUAUAUUAGUGAAUACCUUCGCCGCUUUUGAAGUAAUGAAUAUAUGUGACCGCAGAAGGCAAAAUUGUCAUAAGGACGAGACUUGCUUGUAUCUUUAUACGAACGUGCCCCACCGUAGACCGCAUCAUCACUUACCGGUCGUGGUCAAACGCCUGCCUAAUCUCCAUAAAAAAGAAUAACCUGACAAGGUGCCCUUAUGGCAAGCGACAAGGUGGGAUGUUUUGCCGGCCGCGGUCACAUAUCUGGUAUGAAGCUGCAGAGAAGAAAUAUGUAUUUUGACGGAAACAAAAUAAGAUAAGGAAUAGGAAUAUAUUUAUUUUGUUAAUUAGUAAUUUUGUCAGUAAUAUUCCUAUACCCGUACUAGAUAAGAAUAUAAUGAGCUUCUUGUAAGAUAACUUAGUAGAAAAUUAUAAUCGUAGAAAUAAGUGCAUUGUAUGUAUGUAUAUGAAUUGGGCAGUAUUUCAAUUAAAUUACAUGCUAGAUGUUUUAUUCCUAGUGGUAUUUUAAUAUCAAAAUUAUUAUUUUAAUGUAGGUACUGGAAAACAACUGUUUUAUUAUUAGGUUUUUUGUUACACAAUCGUUCACUAGAUGGCGUUAGUGAUAUCGAGAAAUUAUACAAUUUUAGUUAUUUAAAUUUUUUAACGUUGAUUUUCCAUUGCGUUUGUAUUAAUUUACUAGUAAAUAUGAUGAUAUUGGUGAUAUUAAUUAAUUAUUAUUAUUUAUUUAGGCCACCAUCAGUUUCAUACUAUUGCGACUUUCUCAAGACUACUAACGCCAUCUAGUUUCGUGUUAGUUAAUUAAAUAUUGAAUACAUUUUAUUUAUUUUACCGACUUUAUAUUGACAUGGGAAUUUUGUCGAACUUGAUAUAGCGUCGAUAAAAUAACUAAUAUUGCUUUGUACUACUUUGAAAAGGGCUAUAAAUUAUAUUUAUUAGAAUUUUCAGUACUUUCACUAGUUAAAUAUGGCAAUUGUAAUAUUUUUGUAUAUUCGUAGGCCGCCCUUAGGAACAUAAUGGUUCAAGCGGGACGAUCAUGUAGCAAGACAUUUCUCACUUGUCUUUUUUGGAAUAUUUUAGUAAUAAAGAAAAAAUAAGGAAAAAUUACCAUUUUGAACGUCAGCUUGAUGUUAACUGUGAUUACAGUUUCAAAAUAAUUGUUAUUUUCGACAAAUUUGACUAUUUUGGAGGUAAUACAAUUAUCAAAAAAGACAAGUAGGAAUAGGAAUCGACUAAGCCUUGAUUUUACAUUCCGAAUACAAAAAUGACAGUGCAAUAGGUCAAUUAAUUACCCAAUUAUUCUAAUUUGUACUAAAAUAACGGAUCAAUUGUCACAACACAACCAACCACGGAUCUAGAAUGACACACGCCCAAAGAUAAUUGAAGUGAAAAAGAGAAGCCAUCUUGUAUAUGACCAUUACAUGCGUGUGAAAGACGCAGACGACAAAUGAAAAACGUGACCACUUUUGGGCUUCAUAGCGGCUUCUAGCGGCCUCUUGAAUAUACCAAAAAGUAAGUUUAGCGGACUGGAAUAUACGAAAAGCAAUAUUCAGGAGAUACGGUGGGUGGUUAUAUCUUGGAAUGUAAAUAUAAUAUAUACACUAUGUUUAUUAACCAAAACUAUUUACUCAAUAUUUACCCGUUAAUAUUUAGGUCAUACUGAGCGAAUUCUAUUAUGGGGCCAACCCCGUAUUCACGAAAAAAAUUGACUCCAUAGAAAAUUUCCGUCAGAUCGGCCAAAAAGUACGAAAUAGCAUAAUUUUAUUUCUUGAUUUCGGGUUUGGACAUGUAUUAAGUUUCUCAGUAUGAACAUUUACAGGUUUGAGUUAAUGAUUUUAGUUAAUAAACAUACUGUAUAUACAAAUAAUUAACGCAAUAGCAUAUUAUUUCUGAAUUCAAUACUUCAAUUACACUCGACAGCUUUCCGAUUCUGGUCGCACUUCUGAUUGAAAUUCUAUGAAAAUAUGACGUUAUAAUGACAGUCUCACACUUUGUUCUAGUCAAAUCAGUGUACAAAGUUCGCUUAGGUGGACUAUGUGACAGGCAAUAGAUGUUCAUAGCAGAUCUGUGCAACCUGUCAUUUAAGUAUCUGGAAUAUAAAUUAGGCUAAUAAAGUAUGAAGGCGGGUAGCGGUAAGGAGAACACUCGUGUGUAUAGGUGGCACCACAAUGCCUAGAAUAUUUGAUAAAAAUUCAAAUCAUCGACAGCGCACUUCACUCCGUCAAUAACGGCUAAGUUCAUACGAGUAGCUUCUCUAGCGCUGCUGGAGGGAUUUAGUACUGUUAUUUAUAAGCUGAAAGCUGUACACUUUUGCAACUAUUCUCCCAAAAGAGAUUUUUUUUAACCUUUUUUAAGGGCCUUUUUACACAUAUUGACUAAGCCCACAGUAAGCUCAAUAAGGCUUGUGUUUUGGGUACUUAGCCGACGAGAUAUAUAGUAUAGUAUAUAAAUAUUUAUAAAUGCUUAAAAACAUAGAAAACACCCAUGCCUUAGGAACAAAUAUCCGUGCUCAUCACACGAAUAAAUGCCCUUACCAGGAUUUGGACCCGGGACCAUCAGCUACAUAGGCGGUUUACCCACUAGGCCAGACAGGUCGUCAAAAGAGGUUUCUCGUUACUCUACCCUCCAUAUAAUUAAGUAUAGUAUUUUGACAAUUAUUGGAAUUUUAUGCUCAAAUAGCUAAUAUAUAAGUAGAUGUUGUAAUGUAGAUAUUUUUUAUCCGUGAGUUCUGGUGCAUGUCCGUUAUAAUAGUUAUUUACGAUACAAGUGCAGAAAAUAGGAAAUUCGCAACGCGUGGUGAUAAAUUAAAACGACCGAAGGGAAUGUUUUAAAUCGACACGCGUUGCGAAUUACAUACGAUUCUUUCUUAGACUACACGUCUUUUAAAAUCAAUAACUCUCUGGUUUUAGCAAAAUAAAGAGUUUUUGUAGCGCUCUGUUUUUGACAAGUUUUCUCCGGUUUUUAAAGUAUAAAACUUAAACUUGAAAUAAUAUAUGCAGAUUUGAAAUAGUCUAAAUUUAAGCUAGUUGCUUGUCGAUAUCCAUGACUUGAAGCGUAUUAUGAAUUGUCAGAUCAUAUUUUAUAUUUAAGUUAUAAAACCGAAUAAUAAUUUUGAAUAUUUUAGGGGAAAGUGUACUUAACUCAAAAUAAAAUUUUAUAUCGAGGGGUAAGCAGUCAAACUCGAUAAGUCGAGAUGUUUUUUCGUUCAAAUAAGAACUCCACGUACGUCAAAUAUGUUGACUUAUCGAAUAUCUUGGGUUGGUCGUAAUUAAAUGAAUGUAUUAUUAUUAUUUAUCGGGUUUGACCGCUAACCCCUCGAUAUAGCCGCAUAUGUUUAAAUUGAAUCGUCUGACACCUUUUUGUCUUACAUUAUAACUAGGUAUUUGUUUCAAUUUCAAAUAAUUAAAAAUGUAUGAAGUUGAAUUUUUUGGCUGUUUAGCAUUUGUAAUUAUUUAUCAUUAUUUAAACACAAAGGUAAAUUAUAUAGGUAUAGGUUUAUAGGAUAUAAUCUGACAGUAAUUUAACGCGUCAAGUUUACUAUAUACUCUUUUCCUUCAACAUUAACAGAAAGUAAUGGACAAAAUAUAUAACUCGUUGAAAUGCUUUAAUAGGUAGUAUAUAGUUCGUGUCAUCCACGAUGAUGCGCUGAUUUGUCAAAUCUUACCUUUAAAAACAUGUCGUAACGAGUGAAGGCACGCGUCUGCCUGAACGACACGACCUUUUAAGCUCGUAAAAGGUAUGUCAACCACCAAUGUGAAAACAAUUAUUAAUGUUUAAGACUAUUUACUUAUUCUAAUGAAUUUUUCAUUCACAGAAUUGUGUCGUUCCUUAAACAAGGGUGUGAUGCUUUAUAUUUAUUAUUAACGAGGAAUAUGAGAUGCUUUGUAUUUUAAGUGUACAAUCAUUCUGGGGUCCCUUUUCAUAAAGAACGACACAAGGGGCUAGAUAUUGACUAAUCGGAGCUAUAUUUGAACUUAAAUCUAAAAAGAAACUGAUUAGCCCUUUUCCUUGCAUAGUACUAUUUAUCUACCUCAUACGCGCCAAUAGAAUUUCAACUUGAAAUCAUUUAAAGUUCAAAUUAAAUUGCGCUUUGGGGAAAUAUGACUUCGUCUUCAAAUCAUCAAAGCUGGAUUAAUUGGAAUAUAUUUAGAUUAUUUUGGGAAAACUUUGUAGAUUCGUGCGGCCUGGAAAAGGGUUAACACAUUCACUGCCAGCACGAGCUACGAGCGUAGCCGAUAACACGGAAAAAACCGUAGGUAGAAUGCGCCUACGAAAAGAGACCCCGCCUAGCGGGUCGCUGCCAGUGAACGCGUUAAUUACAACUAUCUGUAUCUUUAGAUAUUUAAAUAAAAGUAAACAAACAAUUUUUACAUUUUCGGGUAGUAAUAAAAUUCAUUGGUUAACCAACCAAAUACAAAACCGCCUGGAUCUGUCCCUGAACGACCUGACUUUACUUACAUUAUUUGAUCAUGUAAUGUUUUCAUCUACCCUCAACUGGCUUAAUGACUUAUUUGAGGGUAGAUUUCGUACUUUUAUUUAAAUACCUAAGGAUAGAGUAUAGUGUAAGACCUGAGUGGACGCUAGAAGCGGAGCGUUCGGCGCGGCGUGCAGCGUGGCGGCGGGCUCACGUGCUGUGAGCAGCGUGCAGUGCGGCCGCUCCUAUAUGUUUGCAUUUGUUUAAUAUGCACGCCGCACGUCCGCCUCGAGGGUCCACUCGGGCCUUACUGUUACGUUGUUUCCAACAUGAAUUUAGAAUGCAUUUUGGCUAUCUAACAUAUAGAUCCUGUUUUCUGUGAUUUGAUCUACUACAGUCAACCCAAUUUAAAAAUGGACUAUAAUUGCCGAUAACUACCCCGAACUCGAGUUGCCAAAUUGUAACCAAAAAAAAUGUAUUUUUGUAAAUGAUUUUGUGGAUAAAUAUAUAUUGAGAUGAGCGUUGAUUUAAUUUAUAAUAUAAUUUUUGUUAUUACAUUCUCCGUCCCGGUACGAACCGUUUUUUCUGUUGUAUUAUUGUAACUGGAAUAGUGAAAAUAAAUUAUUAUUGUAAAA